GUCUGUGUUGCAGCAAGCUAAAUCCUUCGGAGCUCUCCAAUCCUUCAGUUUGUCAAGUGAUCAGCGAUCAGCAAAAGUGACAAGCAAGAUGAACAGAAUCCUGCUGUUGGUGGCCUUUGCGGCAAGCGUUGUGGCGGCUGCAAGGAUACCUACGAAUCCGGACAGGGUUCAGACUCUGGGUAUUGACCGCUUCUCCUUGGAGGAUCUGCAGCGCCAAAAGUUCAUCCUGGACAUCGUCAAGAAUAUUCGCCAGCCUCUGCAGCAGAUUGAACUCAUCAAUCUGGAUGUGGGUCUGGUGGCUGACGGUCAGCGUUACUACGGCGGCAUUGAUGAGUUGAUGCAGAGCGUCAUCGAUCUGGAUCGCCAGCGUGGCCUCGUGGACGAGCACCAUGUGUACUCUGUGGGUCGUUCCGAGGAUGUGAAGCAGCUGCGCGGCAUAUACCGCUUGCUGGUUCGCGCCCAGGACUUUGAUACCUUCAGCCGGAACGUGGUCUACCUGCGCCGCAACAUUAAUCCCGUCCUGCUGCUCAAUGCCUUGGCUCUGGCCAUUCGCGAUCGCGUGGACACUCAAAAACUGAUCCUGCCCGCUGUCCAGGAGCUGCUCCCCGAACUGUAUCUGGAUGAGGAAGUGAUUCAGCAGGUGCGCGGAGCCGUGAGGGAGCAAACUCCGCGCCCCUCGCUCAUGGACAUUGUGGGUACGCGCCAGCGGGCCAGUAACCCUUUGUGGAGCAUGCUGAUGCCCUGGAGGGAGAUUCACAUGCAGAUGGCUCAGAGGAAGCAGCAGCCCCUCCAGAAAGUUUUUGGCCAGAAACGCGUCGUUGUUCGUGUCGACAGCCAGGGACAGCUGGAGAAAACCUCUCUGCUGACCGACGAUAUUGAGUUGCAGAACCUUGUCCAAAAUCUCAUCCAGGAAAUAGCCCUUUUGGAGGACGUUACUCAGGUCGGGCAAAGACAACGGAUCAACAAUCAACGAGGGGCAAUCGAAGAGGGGCAAUGGAUCGGUCGUAAUCGCGUGCAGUUCCAAGAUAACAACCAGGAAAGGUAUCAAGGUCAGGAUGCGGAUACUGGACGCCUACUCCGCGUGAGUCGCCGCCGCCUUCUGGAGCAGCAGGACCAAGACCAGGGUCAGAGCAUCUAUGGAAACCAGAACGAGCGAUUCCAGCGACUCCUCCGCCGGGAUGACGACAACGACGACGACGAUCAAGAUAUUCGCUUGGGUCGUGUCCAGCUGCAGCGUGGAAUCAGCCAGGGAUAUCUCGGCGCUAGAGGAGUUCGAAACCUGCCCACCGUUAGCGUGAACAGUGACCGUCUGCUCCACGUGAGCCGCCGCCGGUUGAACGCCAUUCAACAAAACCAGGAGCAGGAUCAGCUGAACGGUCGCCAACGUUUUAUAGGUCUGGUUGGAGGAGAACGCCUAAGUGAGCGCCGUCGCGUUGGUCAGCUGGACGAUGUGCGUCAGGAGCGUCCGAUAAACCGUCAACGCCAGAACAUAGCUCAGGCCGAGGAGGAGCAGAACUACAACUUCAAACAAGGUCGCAAUUCGGGAGCAUUCCAACAGGAGCGUCAAACCUAUGCCGACCAGCUAGAGAGCGUGAGCCGCGACGAUGAGCGGUUGGUGCAUAUUAACCGACGCCGCCUUAACCAGGACAACCAGAACAACCAGGACAUCCAGCAACAGCAGAUUUAUUAUCCCCGCAGGAUUAACUCCAUUGGCGAGGGUCGCCGCGUCAUCGGUGGUCGCCCCAUUCAGGAUGAGGACAUUCUGAAGCUGAUCCGCGGCGAAAACCGUCUGAAGCUGAUGACCGACGAUGAGAUCCUUGAUAUGCUCAAGAGGAACCGCCAGCAGCGUCAGCAGAAUCACCAAUACGACGAUGACGACGAUGACAACAACGAUGAUGAGGAUGUGGUGCGCCGACAGGGACUACGAAACCGCCGCAGCCUUUCCACUUCCCGUCAGCAGAAUGAUCGCCGCAGCGAGAUUCUCCUACACAAUCUUCGCCAGCUGGUGGCCCGCCUGAAUCAGGAAAGCAUCGCCCAAGAAGAACAGUUCGGACAGAAGGAAAUCGAACAAUAUGCCCUCCACUUGAACCAAAUCCAAAUCGAUGCCGAGCGCAGCCGUGAAGUCUUCGGCCAGAUCGGCCUGAUUGAGCAGCGUCUCAAGGAGGUUCUUGGUCAGGGACAGGUGAAUGUCGGCUCGCUGCGGGGCCAGAUGAUCGAUGAAGUCCAAGUGGAAUCCCUGAUCGCCGAUGUACUCUUGGGUCGCCGUGGUCCGGUGGGCAUCAUGACCGUCAUCCGUCAGAUGGUCCGGGACAACAGCGGUGAGCAAAGUGAUCGUACCGGCUUGGGCAUCCGCAUUAGCGAUCCCAUCGUGCAGCUCGCCCUGCGCCAGAUUAUAAGGGUCGCGGACGAACAGCGCGACCAGAUCCUUGGAGCAUACCGCCAGGAGCAACUGCAGAUGCGCGGUGUUUCGAUCAAUGAUGUUCGUGUGGACCAACUGCGCACUCGCAUCGAGGAGUAUGACUUGGACCUUAGCAACUUGGUCGAGCAGCAGGAUCGGGGUAUCCAGCAGGAGGUUGUGGGACGCCAGCGUCGCCUCAACAACAAGGCCUUCACCAUUGACAUGGACAUCACCUCGGAUCAGGAUCAGGAAGCCAUUAUUCGCGUCUUCCUUGGCCCCACAGAGGAUGAAUGGGGCAGGCAGAGAGCUUCCCUAGAUGAGCGCCGCCGUGACUUUGUCCUUCUGGAUGCCAUCCAAGUGCAGCUGGAGAGUGGACGCAACCGCAUUCAGCACAGGUCCAUCGAUAUCCCGUGGACCACUCGCGAUGUGACGCCUCUGGUGCAGAUCUACCGCCAAGUGAUGCUGCAGUUGAAUGGCCAGCAGGGGCAGCAGGUCCUGGGCAUCCAACAGCUGGUCGGCGAGAACGGACGCUUCCCCCAGAACUUGCUGCUGCCCAGUGGAAGGCCCAAUGGUCUGCCCAUGCAGCUCCUGGUCGUUGUUUCUCCUCUGGCUGAGCUGCAGGUGCAGGACAUCGUUCCCGAGGUCACCAUUGGCAUUGGAUCCGCUUCUCUUCAAGAUGCCCGCCCAUUGGGUUAUCCCCUGGACCGUCCCAUCCGCAGCGAGCAGGAGCUCCUGCAGUUGACCAAUGUCCUUCUUAAGGAUGUGGUCAUCACUCAGGAGAACUAAGUUCCCAAUAGAAAGUUAUAAGCAAGAAAAUCCGAUCGUCCGACCAGCUGCUUUUCCAUGGACCCAUCCGAAUCCCCUAUCGAACCCUAGUUUUAAUCAAUCGAUCAAUUAUUAAAUCAAUUUAAAAUAGCAAGGAGUUAAAUACUUGUGUAACACUUCUAUAUAUGUAAUAAACGUCUUUGCAAGCAAUGCAAACAAGCAUUAAA